AUGAGUUUUAGUCAACAUCAAAAGAAAGAACUUACAACGGAACUUAAUGAUAUAAUAAGUGAAUUGACCACACCUGAAGUAAAUCAGCGAACGGCCAAAAUUAAUGGUGUAAUUGCAGGGGUUACCAAUGAUAAGGAGACAGUUUAUUUGAAUGCUAAGGGGGUUAGUAAUGUUGAAACUGGUGAAAACAUGACUGUGGACAGUGUGGUGUCAUUUUUCUCUUGUACGAAGUCGAUUACAUGUAUGGGAUUAUUGAAAUUGUACGAGGAAGGUAAGGUUGAUCUUGAAGCUCCUGUGAAGAAGUACGUACCACAAAUAAGUAAUAUCGGUGUAAUUGAUGCAAAUCUGGUUGAUCUUGUAAGUGGUAAGUUUAUCAAGCCGCCUAGGAAACCAUUAGAAGAUGUUACGUUAAGACAUUUACUAAAUAAUACUGCUGGCUUUUCAUACGGGUUCUUAGACCUGCAAUAUGUUGCAUUGAGUACGAAAAGAGAUCCCCAUAUAAAUGCAAUAACUCCAAGUGAUGCAUUGUUUACUAAUGAUAAGAUGCCAUUAUUGCAUGAACCUGGAAAGAAAUGGACAUAUGGCCAUAGCACAGACUGGGUAGGCAAGGUGAUUGAAAAUGUCACAGGAAAGAAACUAGGAGUGUAUUUAAAAGAUGCUAUAUUUGAUCCAAUUGGAAUGAAUUCAUGUACCUUUCAUGUCAAGAAUACUGAACGUUUGGCUGACACACAUAUACCUGAUAGAUAUAAAAACCUAAAGGUGAUGAAGAAGAGACCACUUAAUGUCGAUCCGGAAAUUGAUAUGGGUGGACAAGGGUGCUUCGGUACUGUUGGCGAUUAUUUAAAGUUUAUUAGAGUUUGGUUGAAUGAAGGUAUGUGUGUCGAUACAAAUAAGCAAGUGUUGAAACCUGAAACUGUUAACUAUGCGAGGAAGAAUCAUUUACCCCCUGGAGUCGUCGUAGAUUUAGAAGAUCAAUUUGGGGUAAAGAUUCCACUGCAGUAUGAACCUGAUGGUUUUACUUUAACUGGUUGUGCGUACUCUAUGAACAAUCUACCUACUGGAAGACCUAAGGGUGCAAUUUAUUGGUUUGGCCUAGCUAACCUUUAUUUCUGGAUAGAUUUUGAAAAUAAAGUUGCGGGCUUCUGGGCAUGUCAGAUACUACCUGUAAUGAAUAUGACAUCUAUUACCGGAUUCAUGAGAAUGGAAUAUAAUGUGUAUGAAGCAUUGAACAAUUCUAAGGAGGAAACAUCCAAAUCUAGAUUAUAG